GCCAUGCACGUCUGAGUGUGAACAGUUUGCACUGUGAAAUGGAAGGAUUGGCAGCGACAGUAAUUCUGAGGCUGGGGCGAUGGGCGAAGAGGACGCAUAUGGGAGUGUUGGGCAAGGCCCUCGUCCUUAAAAAUUUGAUGCUGUCCACGAUGUGGUAUGCUGGGGCCAUCCACAUGCCGAAGAGGCGGGUUUUCCAACAGUUGCGGGCAGCGGUGCAUAGAUACCUGUGGGCGGGAGAUACGGAAGCGGAGUCGGUAAUCCCCAGGGUGGCUUGGUCGAAGCUCACUCAGCCCAGGAGUCAAGUGGGGCUGGGGAUCUUGGACCCAGAAUUGCAGAUGACGGCGCUUGAACUGCACAACCUGCUGUGGUUUUUAUUGGGGACGGCGGGCACAGCGUGGGAGAGCCUUACCACUCAGCAUUUGGCCCUGGCGCUUGGCAUGACAGAGAAAAUGGUCCUAGUGGCGCUGGCCAGCCCAGGCCUCAUUAGCCACGUCAAGAGGAACCAGGUUUGGUCCGCUGCGCUGACGUUGUGGAAAAAGCUCCAAUUACAGCAGGAGUUACCGGUCACCGCUGACGAUGUCUAUAAUCAACUCCUCUUUGACAACCCUAGCAUACGUGACGAUGAGGGUGAUCUGUUUCCAUGGCAGGGGAAGCCAGGAGCUUUUGGGAAGCAUUGGGCGGAAUGUGGGGUCUUUAAGAUCGGGCACCUGUGGGACGAGGAAGAGAGGGACUGGAGGAAAGAGGCUGACAUGGCAGUGCGGCUCCCCCACAAGUUCCGGAGGCGGCAACACCUAUUUGCCCUUCAGCGGGCUAUUCCCACGCAAUUGGUGGAUACACUGAGGGUGGACCAUAGAGUGGUGGGAGAAUGGGUGAGACGCAAGGGAGAGACACACCCCCUGCAGGUAUACCAGAUCACACAGGUACAAGGUGAGGAGGCGGUGACGCGAGCAUGGAACGUGGUGACUGGGUAUGAGGGUCUGGGAGCCCCAAUGAGAGUCGGACCUGGUGCGGAGACGCGGUGGAGGACUGACGAAAUUGAGACGGUCGCGGUAUGCGCAGAGAAGAAAAAAGAGGUGGGGCUGGGAAGUGCCCGACCCUUUCGGAUUUGCAGCACAAGGCGAGAGCUGGCGAUUGAUCCGCAAGAAUGGAGCUGGCCUAAGCAGAAUUAUAAUAAACAAAAAGUCCGGCUCCCUCAAGUGACUACCAGGAUCAUGUACCGCUCCCUCCUCCCCCCAUUGGAUCUGCGUGAAGAACAGGUGGACCGGUGGGCCAAACGAGAGUGGCUUCCCGUGAUCUACCUGUACCGGUGGCGACAGAGGGAAUGGAGAGAGCAGUGUGCAGUGCUGCAAUCUUUGUCGAAUCAGAAGCAGGCAGGUCUGUUGUGGCUCAUCUACCACCUGGCGGUCCCCACAGCGCAAUGGCAGGCCAAUGAAAGCAAUUAUCGGGACGAGCGUUGUACUGCGGGAUGCGGCCAGGUGGAAACCAUCCCUCAUCUCUUCGUCGCCUGUCCGACUCUCCAACAGUUUUGGAUGUGGUGGGCCGCAGAAGUAGGAAAGUACUCUCCUUUCUGUGUCAUGGAGGACGAUGUGGCACACAUUUUACUGGGCGCCCUGAUCAAGGUGGACAGGAAGGACAAGGGGGAGCUCUAUGCCUCGGAGGUGAUACGAGCGGCUGUUCUCUGGGCCAUCUGGACCCUUCGAAAUGAAUGGUGUCGACAGGGCAGGGUGAUCACCCUGCAAGCUUUACGCACACGGGUCCUGGAGAGCCUGCGCACGGCCAUGUCCACUGAGGCUCUGCGGAGUAGGAGAGCCAAAGAUCACGGUCUGACGAAGUUCUGGGCCGUCUGGGGUAAGUAUCCAGGCUUGGUACAGCAGGAUGGGAAUCCGGGGCUAUGGAAAUAUGGCCCGGCCCUGUGCAGUCACGGGUCUGCUUAGGACUAGGGACCGGAGCCCCCCAGAAUAGAAGCGGCAGUGUGUGUGUGUGGAAAAAAAAAAAAAAAAAAAACUGCGAAUGGCUCAUUAAAUCAGUUAUCAUUUAUUUGGUGGUCUCCUUACCACUCGGAUAACCGUGGUCAUUCUAAAGCUAAUACGUGCAGCAUAUCCCGACUUCUGGAAGGGAUGUAUUUAUUGGAUAAAAGGCCGAUCCGGGCUUGCCCGUUGUUGCGGCGAAUCAUGGUGACUUGUCGAAUCGCAUGGCCUUUGAGCCGGCGAUGUUCCAUUCAAAUUUCUGCCCUAUCAACUUUCGAUGGUAGGAUAGAGGCCUACCAUGGUGGUAACGGGUGACGGAGAAUUAGAAUUCGAUUCCGGAUAGAGAGCCUGAGAGAUGGCUACCACAUCCAAGGAAGGCAGCAGGCGCGUAAAUUACCCAAUCCUGACAUAGGGAGGUAGUGACAAUAAAUAACAAUACUGGGC